UAAAUUGUAACCGCUUUAAGUGACAAGUAUAACUUGAAACAUCAACUAAAGUAAUUUGUUUGAAUAAACUCUUUGUUUUAUUUUUAAAGUUUAAAUAAAACUUUCUGUAAAAUGGCUCGCAGGUACGAUACACGUACCACGAUUUUCUCACCAGAAGGUCGUUUGUAUCAAGUGGAAUAUGCUAUGGAAGCUAUAAGUCAUGCUGGUACAUGUUUAGGAAUAUUGGCAAAUGAUGGCAUUCUAUUAGCGGCUGAAAGAAGAAAUACAAAUAAACUUUUGGACGAAGUAUUUUAUUCUGAGAAAAUAUAUAAAUUAAAUGACGAUGUAGUUUGUUCUGUAGCAGGCAUUACAGCUGAUGCUAAUGUUCUUACAAAUGAACUGCGUUUAAUAGCGCAGAGGUAUCUUUUACAAUAUGGUGAACCAAUUCCAUGUGAACAAUUGGUAUCUUGGUUAUGCGAUGUUAAACAAGCUUAUACUCAAUACGGUGGAAAAAGACCAUUCGGAGUAUCAAUUUUGUACAUGGGUUGGGAUCGUCAUUAUGGUUAUCAAUUAUAUCAAUCAGAUCCUAGUGGAAAUUAUGGUGGUUGGAAAGCUACUUGUAUUGGAAAUAAUUCAGCAGCAGCUGUAUCAUCUUUAAAACAGGAAUAUAAAGAAGGAGAAACUACUUUAAAGGAUGCUAUGUCAUUGGCUAUUAAAGUACUUUCUAAGACAUUAGAUAUGAACAAACUUUCUGCAGAUAAGGUGGAAAUGGCAACAUUGACACGCGAAAAUGGUAAAACCAAAAUUAAAAUUCUUCCAGCUAGAGAAGUCAAUGCUUUAAUAGAAGAACAUGAUCGAUUAGAAGCAUUAGCUGAACAAGCCAAAAAGGAAAAACAAAAGUUAUAGAGAUAUUAUUUUUACAUGGGAUCAAUCUGGUACACGUUAAGGAAAUAUUAUUCUUUUCUAUCGUUCAGAAUCCCAUAUUGUAUGUUUGUAAAUCUUUUACUUAAUAAAUUUAUAAGUUUCACAUUCUUUUUGCGU